GGGUUCGUGUGUUCUGUGCAGGUACUGUUUAGUUUUCGAAAGUUGCAAAAGAAGUAGAUGUUAAUAAUAAUGGUUAUACGCCUCUUCACAAUUGUUAAGCACUCAAUACAAUACAAUAAAUUCUAUGAUAUUACAUCGAGCUAUAACACACGACAAACACGAGGUUUGAAUUUAUAUCAUUAUACUGGGAAAAUGAAACAAAUACGAGCAGCUUUAAUCCAAAUGAAAGUAGGAACAGAACUUGUAAAAAAUCUAGAAAAUGCCUCAAAACACAUAGCUAAAGCCAAAGAAUCUGGAGCUGGUCUUGUAUCUCUUCCAGAAUGUUUCAACUCUCCAUAUGGAACAAAUUUCUUCAAGCAAUAUGCCGAGGGUAUACCAAAAGGAUCUACAUGUGAUAUGUUAUCAAAAGCUGCUAAAGAAAAUUCAAUUUACCUAAUUGGGGGUACAUUUCCCGAAAUAGAAAAUGGCAAAUAUUAUAACACUUGCACUGUUUGGAAUCCCGAAGGAAAUUUGAUAGCAAAAUAUAGAAAAAUGCAUUUAUUUGAUAUUGAUAUACCUGGAAAAGUUACAUUCAAGGAAUCAGAUAUUUUGAGUCCAGGAAAUGAAUUUACUACAUUCAAUAUUGAUGAUAUCAAAGUGGGACUCGGUAUCUGUUAUGAUUUGAGGUUUGAGGAAUUGGCCAAAAUAUAUAGGUUGGAAGGAUGCAAGUUAUUAGUUUAUCCUGCUGCAUUCACAACGACAACUGGCCCUCUUCACUUUGAACUGCUCCAAAAAGCUAGAGCGGUAGAUAAUCAACUUUUCGUAUGUGGCAUAAGCCCAUCUCGUAACGAAAAAGGAUUCCGUGCUUACGGUUACUCUCAAGUAACAAAUCCAUGGGGUAAAGUUCUUGUUCAAGCAAAAGAAGACGAAGAUAUAGUUUAUGCCGAUAUUGACUUUUCAGAAUGUGAUGAAGUUAGAGCAAACAUACCCAUUUUUAAUCAAAGAAGAACUGAUAUUUAUGAUGUUAAAAAAAUAUAGAAAAAUUAUAUAAGUAUCAAUUCAAUUGUAAUAUAAAUACAUAUGUAUUAUCAA